AUGGAGGAUGAUAGAGCCCAGGUCGAUCUCGGCCUGGCCGCCGAUAUAGAAGAGUCUCAGUUGCUUCAGGCAAAGACUGCAGCACAAGAUAAUACGAUACAGCCUGACGGCCAGGAGCCCGUUGUCAAGCAACCAAAGAAGCGUUUCGUGGGAAGAAGAGCGGCUGCCGAGGCUGCCGCCAAGAAUGGAGUCCAAGGGAUGGGAGAGAGCGGUGCCCUGCAGACUGCCAAACCCAGACGCGCGCCGAGAUUGCUGAACCGCGUGCCGCCAGAGAUUUCCGAGGACCCCAAGCUCAAGGAGGCCAUUGCUCUGCUCCCUGCCAACUAUAGCUUCGAGAUACCCAAGACAAUCCACCGCAUCCAGACGUCUGGUGCGAAAAAGGUGGCCCUGCAGAUGCCCGAGGGCCUGCUACUUUUCGCCACGACCAUCUCGGACAUUCUGACGCAGUUUUGCCCGGGCAUCGAGACGCUCAUCAUGGGCGACGUGACGUACGGCGCGUGCUGCAUCGACGACUACACGGCGCGCGCCCUCGGCUGCGACCUGCUCGUGCACUAUGCCCACAGCUGCCUCAUCCCCGUCGAUGUGACCAAGAUCAAGACGCUGUACGUUUUUGUCGACAUCAGCAUCGACGCGGCGCACCUGCUCGCCUCGCUCGAGCGCAACUUUGCCAGCGGCAAGACGAUUGCGCUCGUCGGCACCAUCCAGUUCAACGCCACGAUCCACGGCGUGCGCGGCAGCCUCGAGGCGGCCGGUUUCCGCGUGCUGGUGCCGCAGAUUGCGCCGCUCAGCAAGGGCGAGAUUCUCGGGUGCACGUCGCCGCGGCUGCGCGACGAGGACGGCGUCGACCUGAUUCUGUACCUCGGCGACGGCCGCUUCCACCUCGAGAGCAUCAUGAUCCACAACCCGCGCAUCCCCGCGUACCGCUACGACCCGUACUCGCGCAAGCUCACGCGCGAGACGUAUGGACACGACGAGAUGCAGUCGGUGCGCAGGACGGCCAUUCAGACGGCGCGCGGAGCCCGUCGCUGGGGGCUCAUCCUCGGCUCGCUCGGCCGCCAGGGCAACCCGCACACCAUGGCGCUCAUCGAGGCACAGCUGCGCGCCCGCGGCAUCCCCUGGGUCAACCUGCUGCUGAGCGAAAUCUUCCCCGGCAAGCUCGCCGUCAUGGCCGACGUCGAGUGCUGGGUCCAGGUCGCGUGCCCGCGGCUCAGCAUCGACUGGGGCUACGCGUUCGCGCGCCCGCUGCUGACGCCGUACGAGGCGCUGGUCGCGCUGGGCAUCACGGAGGACUGGUCGAAAGAGGGCGGUGGUGGCGGCGUCUACCCGAUGGAUUAUUAUGGUAAAGAUGGGCUGGGGCGGACAAAGCCUCUGGAGGUUACUCCUGCGACGUGA